GUCACUACUCGUAAUAUAUCCAAAAAUAAAUACACAGAGAUCCUCUUGUGUGAGAGCCCACCUUCACUACUCAUAGCUAGCUUCCAAUGGCCUCAGAAGCACAGUUUCACGGUCUAACAGCAGCAGAAUUUGCAGUACUUGAGCCCAUCAUCAACAAAUACCACAAAUUCGAAGAUCGUGCCAGCACAUGCACUUCCAUCAUAACACAGAGAAUCGAAGCUCCGGCUCGAACUGUGUGGGGUUUCAUACGGAGCUUCGAGAGCCCUCAGAAGUACAAGCACUUCAUUAAGAGCUGCAACAUGAGAGGUGACGGAGGCGUGGGCAGCAUCAGAGAGGUCACGGUGGUUUCGGGUCUCCCAGCAUCCACCAGCACCGAGAGGCUCGAGAUCCUAGACGAUGACAACCACAUACUCAGCUUCAGGGUAGUGGGUGGCCAGCACCGACUCAAAGAUUAUCGCUCCGUCACGUCGGCGAACGAGUUUCAGACGGAAGAUGGCAAGGCGUACACUAUGGUCGUGGAGUCAUACAUCGUGGACAUACCUCCGGGAAAUACUGCAGAGGAUACGAAGAUGUUCGUGGACACUGUGGUGAAGCUCAACCUUCAGAAACUCGCCCUCCUUGCUAUCUCAACCCUCCACGCACACCGUUAGUUAAUCUGUGAUCAGUAUGCUACUGAUCAUGUUUGUCUGUUGAUGCUCAUCCUUAUUGCUACUGAUUCCAGCUUGCUGUUACUUUGAUUGUUUCUUCGUCUUAAAUAUUUCUUAAUAAGAAAAUCAGUUUAUUAUGUCGUCACUGAUCAUGAUCACGACUUAGCGCGGUCACUAUAACUUUUUUAAUUCGUUGGAAAUUAAACUGGUUCAAAACCAUGUAUCAUGACACGAAUAAUAUAUAAUUCCCGUCAUAGUUUCUUA